GGUCAGUGCGACGGCGCAUGCGCAGACACGAGUGGCUGUGUGAGUAUGGAAUGAAAAGGCAUUGUUUUGGUGGCUUUUUUUUUUUUUUGCUCCUAGUUUUUAGGUAAGUUGGCUGCACUUUGUGCUCAGACAUGGACCUGGACACUGUGCUGGGGAGAGUCAGGCCGGGGAGCCAUGAGGAGACUGAAUCAGCUCUGAAGGAAUACAAUGAACAGAAUCGCACCAUGUUUGAGUUUGAUCCGGCUGAUGAAGAAAAGAGAAAGAAACUCUGUGAAGCCCUUUUUGAUGUCCUGGAUAAAGGAGCGAGCACAUCCUGUCAGAUUAUAUGCUUGGAAGCUCUCCGCAUCCUCUCCAGAGAUAAGAAGGUUUUAGCUCCAGUGACCACAAAGAAAAAUAUGGAAAUCCUGAUGAAAAUGGCAAAGCUGGACCCUGAAGUGAAAACUCUGGGGGAUGCCGCCGACUUCCCCGUCAUUGUGGAGGCAUUAAAGUGUUUGUGCAAUAUCGUCUUUAAUAGUCCCGUGGCGCAAAAGCUGAGUCUGGACCUGAACUUUGCUGCCGGUCUUUGCAGGCUGCUGGAAAAAUGCAUGGACGGGCGUUCAGUGGGCGACAUACGCUGCUUCGAUCUGCGGUUGCUCUUUCUGCUUACUCUUUUACACACAGACAUUAGGGCUCAGUUAAAACAAGAACUGCAAGGACUGCCCCUACUAACCAAAACCCUGGAAAGUAUUCUGAAUGUUCAAUGGGCAGGGAAAUAUCAGGCUGUUUCUGAAAUAAAUACCCCCGCGCUAUCUCUGCAAGAGACGGACUGCACCAUAGAGGCUUUAAAAGCGCUUUUUAAUGUGACGCUGGACAGCUGGAACGUCCACAGUGAGAGUGAUGCUCAUCAGUUCCGCCACUUGGCUGCCAUUUUACGCCAUAUCGUACUAUCCCGGGGUCCAUCUGAAGACAAAACAGAGGAGCUGCACAGCAAUACGAUCAAUCUGUUGAGCAACAUUCCCGUUUCUUGCCUGGAUGUCCUCAUUAACCCUUCAGGGAAAGAAAUGUCUGCGAAUAACAAUGAACCGGAUAUGGAGGCUAUCCAACUCAUUCUGGACUUCAUGGAGAAGAGGAUCGACAAGGGCUGCAGCUAUAGAGAAGGUCUCACUCCUGUCCUCAGCUUACUCACCGAAUGUUCCAGAGCGCACCGACCCAUCCGGAAGUACAUCAAAGCCGAGGUUCUCCCACCGCUGAGGGAUGUAUCCAACAGGCCAGAAGUGGGGAUGACUGUAAGAAACAAAUUGGUGCGAUUGAUGACCCAUGUGGAUUUAGGGGUCAAGCAGAUUGCUGCCGAAUUUCUUUUUGUCCUGUGCAAAGAGAGAGUGGAUAACCUGCUGAAGUAUACGGGCUAUGGAAAUGCUGCAGGGCUUCUUGCUGCUAGAGGUCUCCUGGCUGGAGGGAGAGGUGAUCGCUGGUAUUCUGAUGAUGAGGACACCGACACUGAGGAGUACAUCAAGGCAAAACCGAACAUUAAUCUAAUAACCGGUCAUGUGGAAGAGCCAUUGCCAAACCCUAUAGAUGAAAUGACAGAGGAGCAGAAGGAAUACGAGGCAAUGAAACUCGUCAACAUGUUUGAUAAACUUUCAAGGGAAGAUCUCAUCAAACCGAUGGGAGUGAAACUGGACGGGACGAUGGUUCCGCUGCAAGAAGCCGUACGUUACGCACAGAUCGCCGAGCCGGACAGUUCAGACUCAGACUAAAAUCUCCACCUGCUGGGCUUUUCUUCUUUUUGUUUUGUUUCAUUUUUGUUGUUGUUUUUUUUUUUAUCUACAGUGAGAGAUUGCUAUUUAUACUCUUGAUAUGUCCAAGUUUUAAAGAAAUAUGAAUUUAUAAUAAUUUUUUUUUUGUUUUGUUACGUUCCCAGUGUCCCUAAAAGAGCAUUUCCCCUUUAAAAAAAAAAAAAAAACACAACUUUUUCUCCUUUGUCAAGUUCUGUUUCUCUCCUCUUUCUUAGACCAGGUUCACACAGCCGUUUUGCUCCAACACGUUCAGGGUCAGUUCGGCUCCAUGUUUUGUCGCCGAACAGACCCUAAACGGGUCAAAGCAUAACUGACACCGACUGAUCCCAUUGACCUAAAUUGGGUCCAUUGGGCAAAAAAAAGGUCAGAAAAAAGGUCGGAUUUGCAGUAUUUUUUUUUCUCUGCUCAACGCCUGUCCUUCCGACAGAGCUCCCUUACCAGCGCACAGAGGCUGUGUGAACUUAACCUUACUUAUGUCUUUUUCUGGAAAAGCUGGGUGAGUACUAAUAUGACCACCAUUACAGCACCAAUAGGGGUCACCUAGCUUACCUGCUAUCCUCAGACAUCUGUAUUAGGGUGCAUUCUUCUCCUGGAUUACGAAUCCGCCAGCCGUGUAGGGUGAGAGAAUUUCGAAACAGAGUACAGCGCUUCACUAUUAUUGAAGGUCGAGUGAUGCUUAUGCAUUUGCGCUGUUACCUUAUCCACAGAGAGAUGUGUAUAAUUUGUGGGGUCCCCCACCCCCCGAUCAUUACAAAGGACAAUUUUGUCAAUAGUAUAACAAUGCCCAUGCUUGGGCAUCACUUGCCAAUGGAAUUUUGAAGAUCGAAAAGCACUGUACUCUAUUUGACAUUCUCAUAGUGCAGUGCUUCCCAACCAGGGUGCCUCCAGCUGUUGCAAAACUACA